GAAAGAUCAUUUAGCAAAACACAGAAAAGCGCCUCGGUAUGUGAACAUUUUUCUCGAAUAAGAAACUAUUUCAUCCUUCUUUUCUCUCCCCAAUGCUCGUGUCAUCCGUUUGCUAUUCCAAAAUAACCAUAUGUCCUCAUUCCAUCGACUCUUGUUCUGGAUUUCUCAAUCCCAGAAAUCCAAAUCCUUUCACCCCAUUUCACCUCCCACUGUCCAUAUACAUACACGUGCAUGCACUCUCCAGUAUCAAACACACAUCCACUCCUCAGAAUCUGACCACAAUUCGUACGAAAUCAUCAUGGCCCACCUUCAAUCUUGUAUCAGCUUGCCACAAUUGGAUCAGAUCCACGCCCAGAUGAUCAGGUCCCACAUGCUCCUGGUGGGCCCAGACCCAAUUCAAUUCCACUGGAACUGCAUCAUGAGAUCCUAUGUGAGGCUUUGCCUCCCAUGCACGGGCCUUCGGGUCUAUGUUCAUAUGUCGCGAGCUGGGGUUCCACCAGACUCUUAUACGCUCCCGAUCGUGCUAAAGGCCGUCGGCCACCUGUUUGCGAUCGAGGUGGGCUGGCAGCUCCACUCAGCGACCAUCAGGCGUGGGCUCGAGUCGAACGAGUUCUGCGAGACCGGUCUCAUUAGCAUGUAUGCAAAGGCGGGCGAGUUCGAAAGUGCAUUUAAGGUGUUUGAACAAAACCCUGAAAGGAAAUUGGGAUCUUGGAAUGCAAUUAUAGGAGGAUUUGCUCAGGCGGGUCACUCCAAGGAAGCCGUCAGAUUAUUUGUUGAUCUCCGGAAAUGCGGGUUCGAGCCUGACGAUGUGACCAUGGUCAGCGUCGCGUCUGCAUGUGGAAGCUUAGGUGAUUUGAGUCUGGCUCUACAAAUCCACAAGUGUGUGUUCCCAGCCAGACGCUGGGCGAAAUCAGAUGUUCUGAUGUCGAAUUCAGUUAUAGACAUGUAUGGGAAGUGCGGCCGGACGGACCUUGCCCACAAGGUGUUUUCGAAAAUGGUACAACGCGAUGUGUCUACAUGGACCUCGAUGAUCAUGGGCCUAGCCAUGCAUGGGCAUGUAAGGGCCUCGCUGGAUUGCUUUGGCCGCAUGAGGGUGGCCGGCAUCAGACCGAAUCACGUGACGUUUGUGGGUGUUCUUAGCGCAUGCGUGCAUGGCGGAUUGGUGGAUGAGGGGAGGCAUUACUUCGAUAUGAUGACCCGCGAUUAUGGGAUCACGCCAAUGCUUCAACAUUAUGGUUGCAUGGUCGAUCUACUGGGCCGUGCUGGAUUGCUAGGUGAGGCAAGAUUAAUGGUGGAGAUGAUGCCAAUGAGAGCAAAUUCAGUAAUUUGGGGGUGUUUGUUGGGUGCUUGUGAGAAGCAUGGGAGUGUGGAGAUGGGGGAGUGGGUGGCCAGGAAGUUGGUAGAGCUGGAGCCUUGGAAUGAUGGGGUGUAUGUUGUGCUAUCUAACAUAUAUGCUGGGGCUAGAAUGUGGGAAGAGGUCGAGAGAGUCAGGUGUUUGAUGAAAGAAAGGAAAGUUGCUAAGACUCCCGGGUAUAGUUUAGCUACACUUUCAGUGGGCCCCAGAUGAUGAAAUUGGAUGUUGAUUGGUCUUUUAUGUGUGGUGGAUGAUUGAGUGAGAAAUAGCCUAUCUAAUGUGUUUGUGUGGU